GCGCAACAGCAGCACUCGCACUAGAGCUCGCGCUCUCUGUGCUGAAACACACAGCAGCACACAGUGAACCUGGAGGAAAAGUCUUAACAAAGCAGAUCUUGUGGAAAUAUUGAUCUCACAAGUGCUGGGCUGAUGAUGCGAGCAGCGCUCACUUGUACCCCACCAUUCCUUCAAAGUUAAUCCGUGUGUCCCAGAGCAGAGGUGUAGGAUAGUAAGAGUCCCGAGACGCUCAUCACAAGCACAGAGAUCAGGAGAAUCCCCGUGAGGUGGCGUCUCCUCGCGAUGCCAAGAUGGCCAGCCUGCUCCCUCGCACAGGAGUCAACGCGUUCCGUCGCUUCACACCGGAGUCGCUGGCAGAGAUCGAAAGGCUCAUCCAGGAGAAGAGCGGCAGGGAGGAAGUAGAUGGAGAUGAGGAGGAACAACCAGUGCCCAGCAGUGACCUGGAGGCAGGGAAGAACCUCCCCAUGAUCUAUGGUGACCCACCAGACGAGUUCCUCAACACCCCUUUGGAGGACAUAGACCCUUUCUACAAAGCCCAGAAAACGUUUAUUGUCAUAAGCAAAGGAAACACAAUCUUCAGGUUUUCUGCUGAACCAGCACUUUACUUUAUCAGUCCAUUUAAUCCCGUCAGAAGAGGAGCCAUCAAAAUCCUCAUACAUUCAGUUUUCAGCAUGUUCAUUAUGAUCACCAUCCUGUCCAACUGUGUCUUCAUGACCAUGAGUAAUCCUCCAGCCUGGAGUAAAACUGUGGAAUAUGUCUUUACUGGUAUCUACACUUUUGAAGCAUCCAUCAAAGUUGUGUCGCGAGGUUUCUGCAUUGGACCUUUUACAUUCCUCCGUGACCCGUGGAACUGGCUCGAUUUCAUGGUCAUCAGCAUGGCGUACGUCACAGAGUUUGUAGAUCUUGGUAAUGUUUCAGCACUGAGAACCUUUCGUGUACUUCGAGCUCUCAAAACCAUCACUGUUAUUCCUGGUUUAAAAACCAUUGUGGGGGCUCUGAUCCAGUCUGUGAAGAAGAUGGUGAACGUGAUGAUUCUCACCGUUUUUGCGUUGGCCGUUUUCGCACUCAUCGGUCUGCAGUUGUUCAUGGGCAAUCUACGACAAAAGUGCAUUCGCUGGCCGAUCGACAACAGCACCAUCUUUAAUGAUGACUACAACUUUACCAUGACCAAUGUCACCAGCUUCAACCAGACUUUUGAUUUUAACGCUUACAUAAACAAUGAAGAUAACCAAUACUUUCUAGAUGGAAGUUUAGAUGCUUUAUUGUGUGGUAACAGCUCUGACGCUGGGAAGUGUCCAGAAGGAUACACGUGUAUGAAGGCCGGCAGGAACCCAAACUACGGCUACACCAGCUACGACAACUUCGGCUGGGCAUUUCUGGCUCUCUUUAGACUCAUGACCCAGGACUAUUGGGAGAAUCUCUUCCAGCUAACUCUUCGUGCUGCUGGAAAGGGCUACAUGAUCUUCUUCGUUGUGGUCAUCUUCUUGGGCUCUUUCUACCUCAUCAAUCUGAUCUUGGCUGUUGUCGCCAUGGCUUACGAUGAGCAGAACGAAGCCACAAUUACUGAAGCUCGUGAGAAAGAAGAGGAGUUUCAGAGAUUGCUGGAGCAGCUCAGGAACCAAGAGCAAGAGGCAGGCAGUAAAGCAUCUUUGGCCAGCCAGACGACACAAAGUCGAGGUUCAAACAGGACAGGUUCACUACAGAGUCUUCGAGACUGUAAUGGCAAAAUAAUUCCUCAAGUCAACAGUGUCCAUCCUGACAAAGAGAUAUCGGCUGAAGAUGAGCACAGGUCUGUGAGUAUACAGGAUGAAGAUCAGUGGAAACUCUCUAAAAGAGCAGCCAGUGCUGUCAGUGUACUCACGGGGACCAUGGAAGAUAUAGAAGAUGCUCAGAGGCCUUGUCCUCCUGGCUGGUAUAAGUUUGCUGACAUUUUCCUUAAAUGGGACUGCUGCCCUCCAUGGCUCAUUUUUAAGAAGUGGGUCCAUUUUAUAGUGAUGGACCCAUUUGCCGAUCUAGGUAUCACCAUCUGCAUUGUGCUCAACACGCUUUUCAUGGCCAUGGAGCACUACCCAAUGAGUGAGGAUUUCGAACACGUUCUCUCAGUGGGCAACUUGAUAUUUACAGGAAUCUUCACGGCAGAAAUGGUCCUCAAGCUUAUUGCACUGGACCCUUAUUAUUACUUCCAGGUGGGCUGGAACAUUUUUGACAGCAUCAUCGUCACGCUCAGUCUGGUGGAGUUAGGACUGGCCAAUGUUCAGGGUCUUUCUGUUCUCCGCUCUUUUCGUUUGCUGCGUGUCUUCAAGCUGGCUAAAUCUUGGCCCACCCUUAACAUGCUGAUCAAGAUCAUCGGUAACUCGGUGGGUGCUCUGGGGAACUUGACUCUCGUCCUGGCCAUCAUCGUCUUCAUUUUCGCCGUGGUGGGCAUGCAGCUGUUUGGCAAGAGCUACAAGGACUGCGUGUGUAAGAUCUCUGAGGACUGCGUACUGCCUCGCUGGCACAUGACCGACUUCUUCCACUCGUUCCUCAUCGUCUUCCGAAUCCUGUGUGGAGAGUGGAUUGAGACCAUGUGGGACUGCAUGGAGGUAGCUGGAACCGGGAUGUGUUUGGUGGUCUUCAUGAUGGUCAUGGUCAUUGGUAACCUGGUGGUGUUAAAUCUCUUCUUGGCCCUGCUGUUGAGCUCAUUCAGCGGAGAUAACCUGUCUGCUACUGAAGAAGACGGUGAAAUGAACAAUCUUCAGAUCGCCAUCGCUCGCAUCACCAGGGCUUUAGAUUGGCUCAAAGCCUUCAUUGCCAGAAAGGUGCUGCAGAUUUUUGGGAAGAAACCUCCUGAUGUGAAAGAAGAGGAAGCGGAAAAAGACACAGAACUGUACUCAAUAAAUCACCUGCAGAAAGAAACAACGACAGAUGCCCAGACAAACUGUUUAACAUCUUCUGUACCUAUUGCCCACUGUGAGUCUGAUGUUGAAGAGGAAGAGGACGAGGAGGAAUCUUCUGAUGAAGAUGACAUAAAGGUGGGUCUUGAUGAUGACUUGUCAGUGUGCAGUACGGCGGACUAUCAGCCUCCAGAACCUGAGCCUGAACCUGAGGAAGAAGAGGAACUGGAACCGGAGGAGCCGCAGCCCUGUUUCACAGAAGGUUGCAUUAGACAAUGUCCGUGUUUGAACGUGGACACCACAGAAGGAUGGGGGAAAAGGUGGUGGAACCUCCGGAGAACUUGCUUCACCAUUGUUGAGCAUGACUACUUUGAGACCUUCAUCAUCUUCAUGAUCCUCCUGAGCAGUGGAGCUCUGGCUUUUGAAGACAUCAACAUUGAACGCCGUCGAGUCAUCAAGAUCGUCCUGGAGUUCGCUGAUAAAGUCUUCACAUACAUCUUCAUCUUGGAGAUGUUACUGAAGUGGGUGGCAUAUGGUUUCAAGACCUACUUUACCAAUGCAUGGUGCUGGCUAGACUUCCUUAUUGUUGAUGUGUCGAUCGUGAGCUUAGUCGCCAAUUUAUUGGGUUAUUCUGAGCUGGGAGCGAUCAAAUCUCUCCGAACGCUCAGAGCUCUUCGUCCGCUUCGAGCCCUGUCAAGAUUUGAGGGAAUGAGGGUUGUGGUGAAUGCACUCAUUGGUGCCAUCCCAUCUAUUUUUAAUGUGCUGCUGGUGUGUCUGAUAUUUUGGCUGAUCUUCAGCAUCAUGGGAGUCAAUCUGUUUGCUGGGAAGUUUUAUUACUGCAUUAACACCACCAGCGAAGAACGCUUUCCUAUGGAUGUUGUGAACAACAAGAGCGACUGCAUGAAUCUGGUGUACACCAAUGAGGCGCGCUGGGUCAACGUUAAAGUCAACUAUGACAACGUGGGAAUGGGUUACCUCUCUCUACUGCAAAUCGCCACAUUUAAAGGUUGGAUGGACAUCAUGUAUGCAGCAGUGGAUUCAAGAGAGGUGGAGGAUCAGCCAUCCUAUGAGAUCAACCUCUACAUGUACCUGUAUUUUGUUAUCUUCAUCAUUUUUGGCUCAUUCUUCACCCUCAACCUCUUCAUUGGUGUCAUUAUUGAUAACUUCAAUCAACAGAAGGCCAAGUUUGGAGGUAAGGACAUCUUCAUGACAGAGGAACAGAAGAAGUACUACAAUGCCAUGAAGAAGCUGGGAAACAAGAAACCUGCUAAGCCCAUCCCUCGUCCAGCAAAUAAGAUCCAGGGUCUCGUGUUUGAUUUAAUAUCACAACAGUUCUUUGAUAUCUUCAUCAUGGUCCUCAUCUGCCUCAAUAUGGUGACCAUGAUGGUGGAGACGGAUGACCAGAGUGCUGAGAAAGAGGAGAUUUUGUACCUGAUCAACCUGAUCUUCGUGGUGGUCUUCACAGGAGAAUGUACGCUCAAGCUGUUGGCGCUCAGACAGUAUUUUUUCACCAACGGCUGGAACGUCUUUGAUUUUGUUGUUGUGAUUCUGUCUAUAGCAGGUCUAAUGUUAUCAGACAUCAUCGAGAAGUACUUUGUGUCUCCCACCCUGUUUCGCGUCAUCCGACUGGCUCGAAUCGGUCGUGUGCUUCGUCUGAUAAGAGGGGCGAAAGGCAUCAGGACUCUUUUGUUUGCCUUGAUGAUGUCACUUCCUGCUCUCUUUAACAUCGGACUGCUUCUGUUCCUCAUUAUGUUCAUCUUCUCCAUCUUUGGAAUGUCUAACUUUGCCUACGUGAAAAAGCAGGCGGGCAUCGACGACCUCUUUAACUUCGAAACGUUCGGCAGCAGCAUCAUCUGCCUGUUCGAGAUCACGACCUCGGCGGGCUGGGACGGCCUUCUGCUGCCCAUUCUGAACAACGGCCCUCCGGACUGCGACCCCAACGCCGAGAACCCCGGGACUGAGGUCAAGGGUAACUGCGGCAGUCCCGCCAUUGGCAUUGUGUUCUUCAGCAGUUACAUCAUCAUGUCCUUCCUAGUGGUGGUGAACAUGUACAUUGCCAUCAUUCUGGAGAACUUUAACGUCGCCCAGGAGGAGAGCGGUGACCUGCUGUGCGAGGACGACUUUGAGAUGUUUAACGAGACGUGGGAAAGGUACGACUUGGAAGCGACGCAGUUCAUCGAUUACGACCACUUGUUCGACUUUGCCGACGCCUUGCUUGAACCGCUACGGGUGGCCAAACCCAACCGCCUGAAGCUGAUCGCCAUGGAUUUGCCCGUGGUGACGGGUGACAAAAUCCACUGUCUGGAUAUUCUUUCGGCAGUGACCCGAGAGGUUCUGGGCGAUACCAUAGAGAUGGUCGCCAUGCAGAGCAGCAUCGAGACUAAGUUCAAAACCAACAACCCCACCUCCGCCUCUUUUGCACCCAUCGUCACCACGGUCAGAAGGAAAGAGGAGGAGCGUGCCGCUAUCAUAAUUCAGCAGACGUACCGCAGACAUCUGCUCAGACGCGCCGUCCGUCACGCCUGCUUCAUGCACCGGUCAAAGAGCGAAAUCAGGAGUCGGGAAGAUGAAGAAGCGCCCGAAACCGAGGGCUUGAUCGCCCGGAAAAUGGGCGCCCUGUACGGCAGCAACCCCGAACUAGCCAUGGCUCUCGAGCUGCGCGUUAGACCGAUGCCAGCUGAUGCUGAGCGGCUGCCCAAAACGACCUCGGUUGUACAACACGGGGCUUCAGCGACUUACCCUCGACCUCAGGGACAACUCGUAGUGCCGGUUGAGCUCACGAGUGAGGCUGUCCUUCGCUCCGUGCCCACAUCUGUACGUGCUUCAGAAAAGCUUUACAUUAAAGAGUCAGUUGUGUAACUGCUGGACAGACGACUAUAAUAAUCACUCUUACAUGUGAUGUGAGCCGUUUAUAACUGAAGGAUUAUGUGUAACAACAGGACAGCACUGGAAUGCUAUUCAUUUGGGAUUAAGCUUCUUUUUAUAAACUUUUAAAAAGACCUGAUCUCAGUUGAGUUCUUCUGAUCCUAUGUUAGUCACAUCAUAAUAAAGAUAAAUGAAUGAUAUUGAAGGAUAACUCUACACUUCCUUCUGAAUUCAGCUUUAUGUGUCCAGUGAGCAUUCUUGGGCAAAAUAUUGGAAAUGUCCUGAAUGAUUGACACAAAACUACAACCCACCGAACAGCUGUUUGUCAGAUUAAUAUUGAUUCAUGUUAACAAUGAAAUGUGCGGGCCACUUCUGUGUGAUUAAAUAUUGACAUCUUCAGCUCUUUUUAA